ACGAAGAAUUUAUAUCAUAUUAUAAUAAUGCCAUUAGGAGUAAGAUUUAUAUCACUUCGGAUACCGGAAUAGCUGAGUAAUCAUGCUUUUCAUGCUUCACGCUUCACGCUUCACGCUUCGUGAGCUUCGGAGGUUGCCGAGACAUUUACAUGAUCAUCCGGCUUCACAUGGGCAAUACUAAUAAUAAUUCAUGAGAUUCAAUACUUUGGAGCACAUGGCAAACAUUCAUCAAAGGUUUCACAAUUAAUCUCUACGAAUCAAUCACACGUGUUGAUAUCGCCGAUAAUACCGAGUAUAUUGAGAAUUAUAUUGACAUGGGAUGAGGUUUAGCCUUCUUAUCACUUCCAAUAAAUCCCAUCCCAACCGACACCUCCUUGCGUGAUUUGAUAGUCUAAUCAAUAAUCCAACAAUUCUUCAAAUGAGGGAUUCUAUCGAAAUUCGAACGGCGAUUGACCGAUUACGAGCCUUAUUCAAGAAAUCCGAUCCUGAACCAGAAUAUGAACCUAUCUCAAGCAGUUCUAGUAUCCACGAAGAGGAUGUUCGCAGACCCGUCCUCGUCUUACCAGAUCAAGUCGAAGGGGAGCCAUUUUCAUGGUUUGAGUAUGGAAUCUUUAUGUUAAUCGGAGUGGCAAUGCUCUGGGCAUGGUAUGUUCCACUGAAGUCUCGGGAGGGCGCAGAAGCUGAUAUCUUGACAGGAAUAUGUUCUUAGCAGCCGCACCAUAUUUUCAAAGCCGAUUCCAGGACAAUGAGAGUAUCGUCCAGCACUUUCAAUCUGCGAUCACUUCAGUUGCAACGAUUACGAACCUCGGAUCUACCCUACUGCUCAGUCACUUGCAAUUGAAUGCCUCAUACCCGAAACGAAUUAUAUCCUCCCUCGUCCUUAAUACUAUAGUCUUCACACUUCUUGCGAUAUCCACUUCAUACUUUCGCGAUGUUUCAUCGACCGGUUAUCUGGCCUUCACGUUGAUCAUGGUAUUCGCGACCUCUUGCGCAACUGGGCUUUUACAAAAUGGGGCAUUCGCAUUUGCGUCGAGCUUUGGUAGACCGGAAUACAUACAAGCUAUCAUGACUGGGCAAGCAAUUGCCGGAGUUUUACCUUCAGCAGCACAGAUUGCGACGGUUCUGGCUGUUCCGCCGCCAGAUCAUUGGGCUGAUGUAGAUACAGAGGUUGCAGAUGUAAAGGAAAAUACAACUUCGGCUUUUGUUUACUUCUUGACGGCUACCGUCAUCAGUGUUCUCACAUUAGUCUUCGUCUUCCCCUUACUUAGAAAGCAAAAUCGAAUCCUUGAAAGCCGCGCGGCAUCAUCAGCUGAGAGUGAUGAUGAGAGUGACGAGAGCGGGAAGAAUAAGGUCGUUGGUAUGGUCAGACUGUUCAAGAAACUUUAUUGGUUGGCAGGAGGAGUGUUCAUGUGUUUCGCUGUCUCGAUGUUCUUCCCGGUGUUCACAUCAAAAGUGGUUUCAGUAAUACCGUCUGAUAGGGCUCCUCGAAUACUUCAACCUGAGGCUUUUAUUCCCCUUGGAUUUCUGGUUUGGAACAUCGGUGAUCUUUGUGGCCGUCUGCUACCACUUCUACCUUUCCGUACCAAGGCUCGACCCAUCCCACUUUUCAUAUUCUCUAUUCUUCGACUUGGCUUUGUUCCAUUAUAUCUUCUUUGUAACAUCGAAGGUAAAGGAGCCAGAGUGAACAGCGAUGUUUUCUACCUUCUCGUCGUUCAAGGUGGAUUUGGACUUAGUAAUGGCUGGCUUGGCAGUUCUUGCAUGAUGGCAGCUGGUGAUUAUGUUGAUGAGGAAGAACGAGAAGCAAGUGGACCUUUCAUGAUGAUCAAUCUUGUAGCAGGUUUGAUGGCUGGCUCCCUCCUCAGUUUUUCUGUGGCUGGAAUUUCGUGAUCGCACAUUAGCGUUGGUUUGUACCCUUGUAAUUAUGGGAAGGCGUUCAGAGCGAUAUCAUACAUGGAUUUGGCGUUGGCGAUUGCGGUGCUUAUACUCGAGACGUAGAUUGUUGAUAUCAUGGCAUGGGAUAUUUAUGGGAAGGAAGUCUGAUUUUAGAGCUUGCAGAAGAACGUGGGAGAAUUAAUAUUAUACCCCACGAGUUGCAUGUAUUUGUUGUUUUGAAGAUGAGUAUCUAUGCUAAAGUUUGUAUCCAAAGUGAUAACGAGGUUGCGGUAUCUUGUCGACGAAA